AUGUUUUGGUCCGUCAUCUGCGCAACUUUUCUUCUUGCUCCUUUAGUUUGCGAGGCAAGAACCAAGCAAUAUGUCAUCGGCUGUCCAGAUAAAUGUGACACAUUUCUAUGUCCCCCGAUCCCUGCGGACUGUAUGGCCGGCGACAUCCUUGACCAAUGCGACUGCUGUCCGGUCUGUGCGUCCGGAGAAGGUGAGGUAUGCGGCGGCACGGGGAGACUAGGGGACCCGGAGUGCGGAGAGGGCAUGGACUGCUCGAUAUCGGACGGAAUUGGGGUGUCCGCCACAGUAAGGCGUCGGGGCAAAAGUGGUGUGUGCGUCUGCAAAGGUUCGGACCCGGUGUGCGGCAGUGACGGGGUGUCCUACCGAAACAUCUGCGAACUGAAGAGAUUGAGUAACCGGGCUCUGAAGCUUCAGCAGCCACCGGUCAUCUUCAUACAGAGAGGAACCUGUAGCAAAGGUAUGUGUCAGUGUUGGAAAUCAACAUAAUGUAUCAAAAUCACUGUAUGUUUUGGUAGAAGCAUCAGCAAGCAAGUGCGAUAUUGUGCCUAAAACCAUAAUGUGUAAAAGGUGUAGGCCUAGACCAAAUUGAAAUAAUAUUAUCCAGUGAAUUGAUCUUCGGUAAGAUGACAAUUUUUUUUGCUAAAAAAAAGUUGUCAUCCUUAUGUUCCCUAAAUAACAUGACUGUAUAUAUGAAGGUUCAAAGGGAUCUGUUUUACUAUGGCCUAGAGCUGUGUUAGAAAAUGAUCCCUUCAGUUUGGACCCAGUGGUAGAGCCAGUUUGUCAGAAUGUAUCGCAAUCACACCCAAGACAUUUAACAGUAGCCUGCCAGUCAAACUAGACAGAGCUUUAGUGUCUUGACAUGUUUUUCACAAGGAGAUAUGUGAUGUUAAUGAUAUCAUAUCAAAAAAAUAUCUUCAUUUGUUGGUUAAUAAUACAUUUUAAUAGCAGUUUGAUUGACAUUUCAAUGGUGUGCCUUCAUGGCUGUUUUGACUAAUUAAGUGACUGGCAGGGCUCCACAUGCAGAUGGUUUGAUCUGAGUUGGCACAAAGCUGGCUACAAACAUCAGCUCUCAGCACUUCAGUACUUCAGUUUAGUGCAUCUUAAUGCCAGAGGUCUUUCAUUCCAAAGUCACAUUUUAUUAUCUUAACACAGGGUCAAAACCUGUUGAAAUCAGACCAGGCUUUCUUGAGAACUUGGUGUAUGCAGUGGAAAUAAAUACUGGCUUUCUCGCCAAUGUGUAUAGUUGUGAUGCUUGGCCUUGAGGUAUAUAUCGAAAACACACACCCUCACACACACACAGCUGUGAACACACCAUUCACACCUAGAUACUUUUGUGGCAGUUAGUUUUCCGCUACAGUCGAGCCUCUGUUAUAACUUGAGCCGUAUCAGAUUAGACAGAUUACAGAGCACAGGAAGGUGAAAUCUCAGCUCAGUUUAGUCCCUGUCUGAACAUUUGAGUAUCCAACUCCUGCUCCCCGCUCUUCACUCCCUCCUCCUCCUCCUCCUCCUCUUUUUCAUCCUCUUCCUCCUCCUUCUCCUCCCUCUCCUAACUUUUGAACACAAAACUCCAUCCCAGAUUCUGGGACUCUGUUUCCCCCUUUCAGGUCAGAGGAUUGGCUUACCUUGAUAUGAGUUUUACCUCACCACCCCAAAAAUAGCUGUUUCACUCAAGAACUGAGCACAGGAUUGCUCAGAGCUGAGUAAGGUUUCCAGGAGUUUCAGCCAAGCCAAAGAUCUGGAAGGUCUCUCAGUCACAAACCAUUACAUGAGCUGCUUCCACCUAUGAUGUCAUAGCAUCUGGUCCUCAUGGAGUCAGUACAGUGCCUUGCAAAAGUAUUCAUCCCUCUUGGCGUUUUUCCUAUUUUGUUGCAUUACAACCUGUAAUUUAAAUGAAUUUAUAUUGGGAUUUCAUUUAAUGGACAUACACAAAAUAGUCCAAAUUGGGGAAGUGAAAUUAAAAACAUAACUUGUUAAAGAAAAUUCAAAAAAAUGCAUAUGUAUUCACCCCCUUUGCUCUGUCACAUGAUCUCAGUAUAUAUACACCUGUUCUGAAAGGCCCCUGAGUCUGCAACACCACUAAGCAAGGGGCACCAUCAAGCAAGCGGCACCAUGAAGACCAAGGAGCUCUCCAAACAGGUCAGGGACAAAGUUGUGGAGAAGUACAGAUCAGGGUUGGGUUAUAAAAAAAUAUCAGAAACUUUGAACAUCCCACGGAGCACCAUUAAAUCCAUUAUUAAAAAAUGGAAAGAAUAUGGCACCACAACAAACCUGCCAAGAGAGGGCAGGCCACCAAAACUCACGGACCAGAGAGGCAACAAAGAGACCAAAGAUAACCCUGAAGGAGCUGCAAAGCUUCACAGCGGAGAUUGGAGUAUCUGUCCAUAGGACCACUUUAAGCUGUACACUCCACAGAGCUGGGCUUUACGGAAGAGUGGCCAGAAGAAAGCCAUUGCUUAAAGAAAAAAAUAAGCAAACAUGUUUGGUGUUCGCCAAAAGGCAUGUGGGAGACUCCCCAAACAUAUGGAAGAAGGUACUCUGUUCAGAUGAGACUAAGAUUGAGCUUUUUGUCCAUCAAGGAAAACGCUAUGUCUGGCGCAAACCCAACACCUCUCAUCACCCCGAGAAGACCAUCCCCACAGUGAAGCAUGGUGGUUGCAGCAUCAUGCUGUGGGGAUGUUUUUCAUCGGCAGGGACUGGGAAACUGGUCACAAUUGAAGGAAUGAUGGAUGGGGCUAAAUACAGGGAAAUUCUUGAGGGUAACCCAUUUCAGUCUUCCAGAGAUUUGAGACUGGGAUGGAGGUUCCCCUUCCAGCAGGACAAUGACCCUAAGCAUACUGCUAAAACAACACUCGAGUGGUUUAACGGGAAACAUUUAAAUGUCUUGGAAUGGCCUAGUCAAAGCCCAGACCUCAAUACAAUUGCGACUCUGUGGUAUGACUUAAAGAUUGCUGUACACCAGCGAAACCCAUCCAACUUGAAGGAGCUGGAGCAGUUUUGCCUUGAAGAAUGGGCAAAAAUCACAGUGGCUAGAUGUGCCUGCUUAUAGAGACAUACCCCAAGAGACUUGCAGCUGUAAUUGCUACAAAAGGUGGCUCUACAAAGUAUUGACUUUGGGGGGGGUGAAUAGUUAUGCAUGCACAAGUUUUCUGUUUUUUAGUCUUAUUUCCUGUUUGUUUCACAAUAAAAAAUAUUUUGCAUCUUCAAAGUGGUAGGCAUGUUGUGUAAAUCAAAUGAUACAAACCCCCCCAAAAAUACAUUUUAAUUCCAGGUUGUAAGGCAACAAAAUAGGAAAAAUGCCAAGGGGGGUGAAUACUUUUGCAAGCCACUGUAGAUUGUAUAACUUCUACUAAACAGAUCCAAAUCUAGGUCAAAUUCUAUAGUCAUAGAGCCAUGUUUUGUCAACCCAUUUCUUCAUGAGUUGACUUGCUCCGCAUAUACAGUAUGUGUGACUGACAGGCAUGGAUACAAGAUCAACCAAACACUGUCAGUAGAAAGUUCACUGGACUGGUGACUUAAAACCUUUUGAAUGGAAAGAAGUGUGAAUGAAAUCUCGUACCGUAACAUGUUUUGUACACAACACAUUUAGUUGGUUCAAAUAAAAUUGGUUUAGUUUGUUUAGUUGAUUGGUAGCUAAGUUAAUUCAUACUUAGUUAAUACCUUUAUUUCUCUUGAUGAUGCUCAGCUCUCUGUUUGAGUGACAUGAUGGAGAUCGCUGUGACAGACCAUCUGACAGUGAUAGACCAUCGCCCAGACUGAAGAUCUGAAGCUUGUUUUCCAUACCCUUUCAAAGUGGAAGGAGUUGGCAUCUCUAAUCCAAGUUGAAAGAGCUCCCAGCAUGGUAAACAUUAGUUUAGUGGUGCAAAUGGCAGCCAAGGUGCACAAACACACUCGCAUAAAUACACGCAUCCCUUAAACACACACACACUUGAAGUCUGGAGUUGGGCACAGUCACUGACAGUGUGCUUGCUUAGGCAAUGUCAGAGCGGCCAUGCCCCAUAUUCAGGAGAUAUUCUAGGCAGAGAAACCCACAUCUGUAAGGGUAGAGGGUCAUUUCAAUUCGGUGAGUGUGGGGGUGUAUGUGGUAGUCAGAGGGUCCAGACUGAAAUGCAGCCUGCCACCCAGUGUGUUCAGUAGAGGGAGAGGGGCAGAUUCCGCAUGGAAAAACUCAUAAACCACUGAUGUCAACAGCACCAUGGGAAUAACAGUGGAUGCUUGACUAGAAUGCCCAUGGGCAAGCAUGGACACACCGGUCACAUGAGUGGACAGGGAUGGAUGGGUGAUUGAUUUAUUGAUUGACAAGUUGUUGAAAUGACAAGGGCACUAAGUUAGCCACCAGAGGUUUUGAACUGUUGUGAAACGUGGUAGUGUGGUCUAAAUCCUCAAGUAUUUCCAUAGACUAAAAGAUUCUGUAAGAAAUCCCUCAAUCAUGCAGACGGUUGCAAAUGCAAAAAUAACCUGUUGAGGUAGAUUUAUUCCAUACAGUUGUCUUAGACCAUAUCUACAGUAUUAGGUCAUUACAAUUACUCUUCCUUCCAGCCUCUGUAUCUUUCUAUGUUCUCACUUCACUCAGAGAGUGUCAUAUGAGAUGGGCCCAGGCGGCCAGACAGCCAGUCAAGCCAAGUGUCAGUGUCAUACAGUAUAACUGAUGGACACUUCAGGAAACCAUCAGUGGGCAAGAAUAGACUGGCCAUGCCCUAUAUUCAAGAGAUCUGCUAGGCAGAAAAACCCACAUCUGUAAGGGUAGAGGACUAUCAUUUUCUCUCUCUACGUGAUACAAUUUCAAUUCGGUGUGUGUGUAUGUGAGUACGUGCGUGAGAGUGUGUUUUCGAGUGUGUGUGUCGUGAGUUUUCUGAUUCCUCUCGCAUAUCAUCCACAAAAUAUGUUUAUCUUGGAUGAUAAUUCAACCAAAUUAUUUGUAGCUAAUUGGAGUCAAAUUAACAUGCCACAUUACUACUUAUAUGUUGUUGUUAAAUAUUUCCCAACCUGCCUGUGUGUCUCUGUUCCAUCCUGCUGUAGGCUUUUGGUGCACCAAAGAGAUGGUGUGACUGUUAGUGAUUAUGAAAGAGAGAGAGUCCUCAAUUUACAGCGUAUCGUUUGAUCUUUUAUCAAAGUGGAGGUAUUUUUAUGUGAUUUGAUUAAAGGCCGUUUUACGUGGCAUGCCAGAGUGCAUAUCUCUAUCUGCAGGUCGGGUCGAGUGAACUUUUGAGGUCUUUGAAACUCCUUAGACUGAGAUAAUAUUAAUGGAGCUGUUAAGACCUGUUAGAUGGACACAAUGUUGCCAGAGGCUAAUACACCACAAUGCAGAGCAAGAAGGAUCUCUUGGCAUCAUCCAGCACUGUGUCUGGCGCUAUCUAGUGCUAUUUAGAACCUAAAAGGGUUAUUAGGCUGUCCUCUUAGGAGUACCCUGUGAAGAACCCUUUUUGGUUACAGGUAGAACCAUUUUGUGUUCCUUGUAGGACCCUUUCCACAGCGGGUUCUACAUGGAAUCCAAAAGGCUUCUACGUGGAACCAAAAAUAGUUCUCCCUGGAACCAAAAAGGGUUCUCCUAUGGUUACAGCCUGAAGAACCCUUUUGGAACCUUUUUUUUCUAAGAGUGUAGGUGUCAGUGUGAGUGUCCCUGUUGUUGUGGUUGGGGUGAUUGUGAAUUAUUGUUAGGCACUAAGAUUAAAGGGGGAAACACCAGUCAUGUUUUAGCCUAUCAUAGGUUGUGUGAGACCAAACCCCACAAAUAGGGGUUUUAAAAGAACUCUUUCAUCCGUUUGUGAGGUGGGUUGGAAAGGUGCUAUUUAUUAGAAGGAGGAAGUGGAGUAUAGGCCUAGAGAUAUUCAUUAACUGGACCAACACGGACCCAUGGAGAUGAAUAACCAAAGGAAAAAGGGUUAAUUGCAGAUGUUUUGCACGCACUGCAGCUGUUCCCUAACCAAAGGUUGCGCAAGGUACAAUAAAGUGUUAUGGUUAUAAAACUUCAGAUUUGAGUCACUUCCUGAGUUUUAUAAACUCAGUAAGGAGAUCAGAAGACUGACCAUGCUGUACAAUAUCGAGCCUCAAAGCAGAUCUUCCAAUUUCCAGAUUCAUCUGAAUUCUGUCACACACACUACCCUUGUGGAUGUUAUCAAUAGAGUUGUUUAUACAGGCCGUCUGCACUCUUUAACGGUUGUUUAUAAGAGUUUAUGCAAUGGCAUUGUUGAAUACUUUUUUCUGAUUGGCUUGAAAGGCAUUCUAGAGUGUGCAUUAUUUCCCUAUAAUGCACGGUAUAUUUGCAUGGUAUAAUUCAAUGGUUAUAGUUCAUACUUACAUAUUCUAUGUUUGAGCUACUUUUUAGAGCAAACUUCGAAUUUAAAACAUUGGCAUUGUUGAAUUCGAUUUUCAUAAUGGCAAGCCAGGACUGAUGGUUUGGAUAGCUAAACUAGCAAGUCUGUUUGUUUGGUCACCACGGCAACUACUGUAGCUAUCUAGUAAACUUGCUAGCUACUUCAGUGGAUGUUGAACACAUUUCAAAUGUGUUAAAUUAUAGCCAUGGUAUAAAAGGGAUAAUUAACUCGGGGCUCUAUGCAUUCUCUGGAAAACAAUGCAACUCUGUGGAAGGUCAGUUCCACUUCCUUCAUUCUUUUCCAUGGAACGCAUAACCCUUCGUUGAAUAUCCCUUACAUAUUGUAGAGUAUACAGUAUAGGAUAUAUAGAGCACAUUCGGAAAGUAUUCAGACCCCUUGACUUUUCCCACAUUUUGUUACGUUACGUUACUGGUUCUAAAAUGGAUUAAAUUGUUUUUUCAAUCUACACAUAAUACCCCAUAAUGACAAAGGAAAUAUUAGGUUUUUAGAAAUCUUUGCAAAUGUAUUACAAAAAACGGAAAUAUCACAUUUACAUAAGUAUUCAGACCCUUUACUCAGUACUUUCUUGAAUCACCGUUGGCAGUGAUUACAGCCCCAGUCUUCUUGGGUAUGACGCUACAAGCUUGGCACACCUGUAUUUGGGGAGUUUCUCCCAUUCUUCUCUGCAGAUCCGCGCAAGCUCUCUCAGGUUGGAUGGGGAGCUAUUUUCAGGUCUCUCCAGAGAUGUUCCAUUGAGUUCAAUUCCAGGCUCUGGCUGGGCCACUCAAGGACAUUCGGAUACUUAACCCAAAGCCACUCCUGCGAUGUCUUGGCUGUAUGCUUAGGAUUGUUGUCCUGUUGGAAGGUGAACCUUCACCCCAGUCUGAGGUCCUGAGCACUCUAGAGAAGGUUUUCAUCAAGGAUCGCUCUGUACUUUGCUCCGUUCAUCUAUCCCUCGAUCCUGACUAGUCUCCCAGUCCCUGCCGCUGAAAAACAUCCCCACAGUUUGAUGCUGCCACCACCAUGCUUCACCACAGGGAUGGUGCCAGGUUUCCUCCAGACAUGACGCUUGGUAUUCAGGCCAAAGAGUUCAAUCUUGGUUUCAUCAGACCAGAGAAUCUUGUUUCUCAAGGUCUGAGAGUCCUUUAGGUGCCUUUUGUCAAACUCCAAGCGGGGUGUCAUGUGCCUUUUACUGAGGAGUGGCUUCCGUCUGGCCACUCUACCAUAAAGGCCUGAUUGGUGGAGUGCUGCAGAGAUGGUUUUCCUUCUGGAAGGUUCUCCCAUCUCCACAGAGGAACUCUGGAGCUCUUUCAGGGUGACCAUCGGGUUCUUGGUCACCUCCCUGACCAAGGCCCUUCUACCUCUAUAGCUCAGUUUGGCCUUGCGGCCAGCUCUACGGAGAGUCUUGGUGGUUCCAAACUUCUUCCAUUUAAGAAUGAUGGAGGCCACUGUGUUCUUGGGGACCUUCAAUACUGCAGAAUCUUUUUUGGUGCCUCGACACAAUCCUGUCUCGGAGCUCUAAGGAGAAUUCCUUCGUCCUCAUGGCUUGGUUUUUGCUCUGACAUGCACUGUCAACUGUGGGACCUUAUAUAGACAGGUGUGUGCCUUUCCAAAUCAUGUCCUAUCAAUUGAAUUUACCACAGGUGGACUCCAAUCAAGUUGCAGAAACAUCUCAAGGAUGAUCAAUGGAAACAGAAUGCACCUGAGCUCAAUUUUCGAUUCUCAUAGCAAAGGGUCUGAAUAAUUAUGUAAAUAAGGUGUUUUAGCUUUGUCAUCAUGGGUUAUUGUGUGUAGAUUGUUGAGGGAAAAAAAUAAUUGAAUCCAUUUUUGAAUUAGGCUGUAACGUAACAAAAUGUGCAAAAAAAGGGGUCUGAAUACUUUCCGGUCAAAAGUUUGAACACACCUAGUCAUUUAAGGGUUUUUCUUUAUUUUUAAUAUUUUCUACAUUGUAGAAUAAUAGUGAAGACAUCAAAACUAUGAAAUAACACAUAUGGAAUCAUGUAGUAACCAAAAAGGGGUAAACAAAUCAAAAUAUAUUUUAUAUUUUAGAUUCUUCAAAUAGCCACCCUUUGCCUUGAUGACAGUUUUGCACACUCUUGGCUUUUUCUCAAUUAACAGGUGUGCCUUCUUAAAACGUAAUUUGUGGAAUUUUUUUCCUUCUUAAUGCGUUUGAGCCAAUCAGUUGUGUUGUGACAAGGUAGGGGUGGUAUACAGAAGAUAGCCCUAUUUGGUAAAAGACCAAGUCCAUAUUAUGGCAAGAACACCUCAAAUAAGCAAAGAGAAACAACAGUCCAUCAUUACUUUAAGACAUGAAGGUCAGUCAAUGCGGAACAUUUCAAGAACUUUGAACGUUUCUUCAAGUGCAGUCGCAAAAACCAUCAAGUGCUAUGAUGAAACUUGCUCUCAUGAGGACCGCCACUGGAAUGCAAGACCCAGAGUUACCUCUGUUGCAGAGAAUAAGUUCAUUGGAGUUACCAGCCUCAGAAAUUGCAAUCCAAAUAAAUGCUUCACAGUUCAAGUAACAGACACAUCUCAACAUCAACUGUUCAAAGGAGACCGUGUGAAUCAGGCCUUCAUGGUUGAAUUGCUGCAAAGAAACCACUACUAAAGGACACCAAUAAGAAAAAGACUUUCUUGGGCCAAGAAACACGAGCAAUGGACAUCAGACCGGUGGUCUGGAUUCCAAAUUAGAGAUUCAUGGUUCCAACCGCCGUGUCUUUGUGAGACGCGGUGUGGGUGAAUGGAUGAUCUCUGCAUGUGUUUUUCCCACCGUGAAGCAUGGAGGAGGUGUGAUGGUGUAGGGGUGCUUUGCUGGUGACACUGUCUGUGAUUUAUUUAGAAUUCAAGGCAUACUUAACAAGCAUGGCUACCACAGCAUUCUGCAGCGAUACGCCAUCCCAUCUGGAUUGGGCUUAGUGGGACUAUCAUUUGUUUUUCAACAGGACAAUGACCCACCACACCUCCAGGCUGUGUAAGGGCUAUUUUACCAAGAAGGAGAGUGAUGGAGUGCUGCAUCAGAUGACCUGGCCUCCACAAUCCCCCGACCUCAACACAUUUGAGAUGGUUUGGGAUGAGUCGGACCGCAGAGUGAAGGAAAAGCAGCCAACAAGUGCUCAGCAUAUGUGGGAACUACUUCUAGACUGUUGGAAAAGCAUAAUCAUUUUCCUCCCAGAAAUAUUUUAAAGUAUGAGAUACGCUCUCAUUUCAGGGCUUGUAUGAGAUACCCUCUCAUUUCAGGUAUAACCCUGAACUAAUUUCCCUGUAUGUAUUUGAUAAUAUGUUAAUAGUGUGUUUCUUGAACCUUUUCCAGGCCAGGAGAAUCCAGACAGUCUGCGCCACAGAUAUAACUUCAUUGCUGAUGUGGUGGAGAAGAUCGCUCCCGCUGUGGUUCAUAUUGAACUGUACCGCAAGUAAGGACCUCCCCUCUACACACACACACACAAACACACACUGACCACAGUAGAUUGACAGGUAUCUGGGCCAUAUUCACAAAGUGUCUCCAAGUUGGAAUGCUGAUCUAGGAUUAGGUCCUCCGUAUCUUAUUAAUUAUGAUUUAAAAGUCUAAACUGAUCCUAGAUCAGCGCUGCUAUACUCUGAGACACUUUGUGAAUACGGGUUCAGGUAUCUGAUGCUGUUUUUCCCAGUAAAAGUUAUGACAACAAAGUUACCAAUUAUUACCCUAAGCAGGUAUAUAGCGGUGGAGGGAGUGUUGGACAAAUACAUACCUAUAUUUAGUGCUGUAGAUCUCCCGCCAGAUCUCCUGGCUUGCACAGCUGUGUACAUAGUUGUCAGCUUGACUUGGGACCUUGUAUAAAUUGUUUACAAAGGGGAUCCUGUUGUAGCCAUAAGGACACAAACAUUUUCCCCGCCCUCCUGUUGAUAAACACAUCAUCAGGUCAUUUGUUCAAGUGAUCUUCAAGAAGAAGUGCUGUGAGCAAAAUCACGGUAUAUGUUUGGCAGUAGUGGCAUGUGGUCUACUCAUGAACAUGUGGAUUGACAGAUUUAGCAGAACAUGUACUUUUGCAGAUUUUCAGAAGUUCUUCUACUUGUACAUGUUUUAGGUGCAAACAGAUUAAUAAUGUUUCCCCGUUUCCCCGUCUCACCCUCUGUCCCCCUGUCUCACCUUGUCUCUCUGUCUCACCCUCUGUCCCCCUGUCUCACCUUCUCCCUCUGUCUCAUCCUCUGUCUCCCUGUCUCACCCUCUGUCCCCCUGUCUCACACUCUGUCUCCUGUCUGUCCUCUCCCCAGGAUGGUGUUCUCUAAACGUGAGGUGGCAGUGGCCAGCGGCUCUGGCUUCGUGGUGUCGGAGGACGGCUUGAUUGUGACCAACGCCCAUGUGGUGGCCAAUAAGCACCGGGUGAAGGUGGAGCUGAAGAGUGGCGCCACCUUUGACGCCAAGAUCACAGACGUGGACGAGAAGGCAGACAUCGCCCUCAUCAAGAUCGACACCCCGGUAAGGCCUGUUACCUCUCUCGAUGCCUCUCUUCUCCAGCCAUUUCUGAAUGCACUGGUGCUUCUUUUAUUUUUAAUUUUUUACAAGCGCUUCUGUUUACCUCAACCUCCCUUUUCUCUCUCUCUUUAACUCCCUCCUUCCCUAUCUAGCUCUUCAUCUUGAUCUCGCUCGCGUACUUGCCCUCUCCCUCACCAUCUCUUUCUCUGAGAUGGUGUCAGAGAACAGGAAUGCGAUGGAGAGAUUAAGAGUGGCUAUGAAUGGAGUAGACAAACACCAUCAGUCUUUUUUAGAUUGUCUUUCGUCUGCCAACACAGACGGGAUUCAUUUAACGGUCUUCAUAACAUUCUUGGAGCAGGCCAGGUUUAAUAUUAGCAUGGUGGGAUCGUUGAUAUAGGGCACCUCAGCAACGAACAUGAUUCAUUGUAAAAAUUGUGAAAAACGUUCAAGAGCAGGAGGGUCUUUUUAUGAUAUGAUUUAGAUGUAAUUGACUGUUUUUCGUCUUUGGUCCAGUUUGUUAUAAGAACAUGUUUUAUUUGUCUGCCUCUCCCAGACUAUUACCAGAACAGUAAGCACCCUGUUGAGGGUAAAGGCUGUUUUGGUGCCAAUGAGGAAAAUGUUCCUCUGUGUGUGUGUGUGUGUGUGUGUGUGUAUGUGUGUAUAGGACGUCAUGCUGCUUGCUUAGCGAGUACCACUUCCUCCCGAUUCGGCCCAUACCUGAUGCGAACUCUGGACCUCUGCCUUGCUAGCACACGUUACCGCCCUCCUGAAGCGUAUUACCAGUCGGCACCAUGCGAAAAGCUAGCUAUUUGCUGGUGCAAGUGGGGACAGUUCAGGCUGAGGAGUAAGUUUCCCCAUGGAUUACACGUGUGUGCGUGUGCAUGUGUGAGGGGUGUGUCUGGAGCAUGGCAGGCUUCUUUCUGUGCCACCUUGCUGUGAAUCCCCUCAGGCCUCUGGCUGACUCCUGAAUGCUGCUCAAUAGCUUGUAACUUAUUAUGUGGCAACUGCAAGUUUCAACAUCAUAAAUCCACUUCUGAAAGUUUUUUAAUCAUUUGUCUUUGAUAAAGUCUGAGCAUGGACAGUGUGUAUUUCUUCUCCCAUAAUGUCUUCAAGUCUAUUUAAAAUGUAUCUUACAGUAUUAUUUCUGGAUGCCUGCAAGUUCCAGAUAUCAUCUGACCCUUAGAGACCUAAAUAGUUGAAAGUCAUUAAAUGACAAUUACACUGUAAUAACCCCACCAUAAACACAGAAACAACCAUUAGGAGAGAGCCCAAGGACUGACUGACCCCUUCCAGACAGAGUGGCCAAACUCCCUGACCCUGUCCUGGAGCACGAGGUGGAAAGAGGUAAUGGCGUUGGUGUAAUGGCGGUUGCAGGUCUGUGCCUGUGCCCACUUGACCACGGUGGUAGCUAGCAGCGGAUCGUCCUUAAAGCGGCGCCAGAGCGACACAGACGCAUCCUGCGAGGCAUGUAUCUGCAUGUGCCAUGGCUUGCUCGCUGCUCCUCUUUCCAUCACGGCAGCGGAUGAGUCUGCGCAGGCUUUGGCGGCAUCAAUAGACAGGCAGUAA